GAAUGUAACUGGCGCUUAGAGGAUAUUUUUUGAUAUAUUAUCGCUCCGUCUGUGAGGGAGUUAAGAAACGGAUGAUUAAAAAAAACAGCAUUUGAAAGUUUGACACUUGACAGAUUUGUUUCUUCUGGUUUCUUCAGUGUUUUGAGGUUAUGUGUACAAAUGAAUAUUACCAAAAAAUACUAAAAAGUAUCAUAACCAUAAAAGUUAAACAUGUCAUUAAUUUCCUUGGCCUCAAUUAUACUAAAGAAAAGUGCGACUUACCGAACAUUAUUACCAUGUCGUGACUGUAUCAAGAUAAAUGCACCAUUCAGCUCGGUUGCAACAAAAUCUGUGCAUGAAGUUAAUACCAACGUUGUAAAAGACGUUGUUCUGUACAAAUAUGAGAACCCGAAAUAUUUUAAGUACAUGAACAUGUUUGCAGUAGUGCAGUACAUGUUUUGGAUGUAUUUAGGAACGUUCGCGUUCACAUCUCUGAAAGAUGCACCUGUCGACCGGUCCCAGAUAACAGAUGAUACACCUUGGUAUAGAAGAAUAAAUCUUGGUGAUAAUAAGUACAGAAACACGCUUGGUGGCAUAGCUUUGCUAGUCGGCACAGGCUCUCUAGCAAUGAUAUGGAUGUACACCCUAAAAUCAGUCCGUUACCUCGUCCUUCACAAGGAAGGCAAACACCUGUCCUUCGUAACCUACGCUCCGUUCGGAAACAACCGCAUCAUGAAAGUACCCAUAGAAAACGUCUGUUGCAAGGAAGCUAGAAAGAAUGCUAGAGUUCAGUUACCAUUGAAGGUGAAAAAUACUUGGAUGCAUUAUAUGCUGGAUAUGAAAGGGGAGUUCAAGAACCCGAUCUUAUUUGAUGCUACCGCUGGAUUGGCUAGGAAAUGGUAGUUUUUAUACCAUUUACAUAUGUAAGUUUUUUAUGGACCUAUGUAUCACACAUGUAGAUUUCAAAGAACCAUAUGUUUUAGGUAUAGACGGAAAGCUGCAUACUAGUUAUCCUUUUUGUUAGCUGAAUUGUCAAGCUACCUCAAAAUGGUGUGCCAUUUCAUUUCAUUCAUAUUUUCAUAUGAUGCCGACAAUAUAUUGGUCCACUUGUCUUAUUAUUUAUAAAUGUCUUUGAUAUAAAAUCAGUAUGCAAGUAUGUAAUGCUUUUCAAAAUUUUGGACAAAAACUUUGUUGAUAACUACCUACCGACAUCAUUUUACAAUGAAACAUUGGAGAGAAAGUAACAUGAAGUGACCUCACUGCAUCAAUAUCAUAUUCAUAAAACUGUCAUAAAGAAAACAUAAUCAACAGAAUGUAAUGUAGUAAUAGUGAUGCUCAUUUGUUCUGUUUUUUGCUGCAUUUAGUUAUAGUAAAACAGAUACAAAUGUAUUUGUUCAUGUUGUAAAUAAAUACUUUGUUACAAA